AGAGGGCAGGGUGGGUAGGGGAGCAUGGAAGUGGUGAGACCCAGCAUAAUUGGGCAUGGUCUGCAGAGGGCAGUGGUCGCUUGGAGAAGGGUACAUGGAUUGGAUGCAGAAGCAUCCUGAUUUCUGGGGUGUCGUGAUAGGGGCAGAGCCUGAGGUUUGUGAAAGGGGCUAGUGAUGUGCAGCGCACGUUGGGCAGAGUGUCCCGGCUCUUCUGCAGGUGGGGCAGGGCAUGGCCUAGAGGCGUUAGUGCAUAGUGGGCUGUGGGGGCUGGGGUUUCUGUGGAGACAGGGACUAUCAUAGGCUAGACUGAGCUGGGCACCCUGGGGCUGGAAUGGUGGGUGCGUGUGGAAGGGUCAGGACUACCCCUGAGGACUGUGUGGGGAGCCUUUGGCAUUUGGAGUGCACCUUGGAGGUAGAGUUAUGUGCAGGCGAAGGGGCCUUGGUAGUUGGUGGUGGUGGAUUGUUUCCUGUGGAUUUGAGUGACUUAGGGUGCUCAGUGUCAUGGGCUCCUGGUGUGUGUGGCAUCUUCAAGCAACAGUCUGAACAAUGCCUCAGCCACAGGCUGAGAGGCCUGGUGCCAGUCUCCAGCCAUGUGUCUCUGUGGGUCCCCACUCCAGUGUGUCAUAAGCAGUGUGUAAGGCAUGAGUUCCCUUUGGGUGGCCAAAGAAUUGUCGGCAGCUGGGUAGGGCUGCCCUUGCCUGUUCUCUGCUGGGCUUCAGUGAGGAGAGCUGCUCUAGAAUGUUCUGAGAUGUCCGGGAGGCCUUACAGAUCCCUCCUAGCAUCUAAAUGGGCCUUGGGCUGCAGGACAUGGCUCACAGCCAUGGUACUGCGGAGCAGUUUGCCCAUGGUCUGCUGCUUGGCCCAGCUUGAGGGCCGGAACACAGGUCAGUUCUUGCAGUUAAGGAGACUUGGGGAGGCCAAUGGUGGCUCAGGACUCUGGAGGUCAAUCUAGUCUACAUACAAAGUUCCAGGGCAACCUGAUCUAAAUAGAAAGACCUUGCGUUAGACAAGAAGGAAGAGGAGGGCAAAGGUGUGGGCAUAAAAUCUUCAGUCUAUUUUAAUAAGCCUCAACCUCUCUUCUAGCCCACCACCCACCCAAGGUAGCAGAAGAGAAAAGUUACUAGGACACAGGGGAAGUGGACCUGUUUAGAAAUAUUCCUUUGGGGGGCGAGCUCAGUCUUCGUUGUCAGGAUAUCAGCAGUUCAGUCCCUCAGCAAACACCAAAUUCAAGUCAGCAGCUGCAGUCCAGUCCUCUUAGUAGGCAGACACCACACACCAACCAGCGGCUACACGUCAAUCCUGAAGAAACGGCAAGGCUCCACAACCAGCCUGAGGCCUUGGAAGCAGAAAGAGGCUGCAGGAGCCUCAGGAGAAGUUCUUUGGUGAGUUUCUCCAUGGCGUCACCACAAGCGGAGCUUAGCAACACAGUGUAAGGCGAACCGAUACCUGCACACUGUUAGCGAAGGGUAGCCAGGCAGAGCAAAGCAAACCAAUGCUCCAGCUCCACUGUCUGUGGGGUCAGAUUUAUACUCCUUCAAACGUGUCCUUUCCCCUGUGUGCUACAGCAAGACACACUUUCUCCUGUGUCUGCUUCAGGAAAAUAUCCUUUCUUCUGUGCGCCCCCCCCCCAACCGUCAUUUGACAUAACUGACUUCCCACAUCGCGAGGGUCUGGAGAGAUGUGCUCUUGCAGAGGAUCUGAGCUCCUAACAACCUGAUACUCUGCUCCACACAUCUAAUUAAAAAGUAUUAAGAAUAAAUUAUAAAGGGGUUGGGGAUUUAGCUCAAUGGUAGAGCGCUUGCCUAGGAAGCGCAAGGCCCUGGGUUCGGUUCCCAGCUCCGAAAAAAAAAAAGAACCAAAGAAUAAAUUAUAAAGAAGAAAGGAGGGGAACUGAAGCUACGGCUGCGGUGAUUGGUGGACUGCUCACCCACCAUGCCUGAAGCCCUGGGUUCCAUAGGCAGGUCAUCCCAGCACUUGGGAGCUGGAGGUAGGAGAAUCAGGUGUGCAAGGUCAUCCGCAGCAGCAGAGCAAGUUUGAAGCCAGCCCGGGCUACCUGAAACUGUCUAAGAAGGAAAAAGAAAGGUGUGGGGUUCUUGGCCUCUGCUUCUCAUACUGUGGGAGAGACAGGGACCAAAGAGACUCCACUGAAGUCCCUGGGCAUGGUGUGUGUGCCUGUGCAGGGGAGGGCAUCUCCAGCUGUGGCUCUGUCCCUAGGAACAGGCACAGUCAUCCAGGAGAUAGAGGAGGCCUUGGGUGGAUCAGGGAAGACCCUCCCAAGUUGAAGUGUAGCCUAGGGGACCAAGACCACAUCACUUCCCUCUCUUAGCUCGGUUGUACACUUGGGGCACCCAUCAGUCUGCCUCACUGGGAAAGUCUCAGGAACAGAUGAGUCCCUCAGCCCAGGGGACCAGGUCUGCCAUCCCAGGUGACCUAGCAGGGCCUGCCCCACCCUUCCUAGUGACUCAGGAUUUUUCCAUUUUCAAGAAAGAACAAACACAUUUCCUUUGGGCCUCUCUGGUGAGGGGAGGGGAGACCCCACGUGGUCCAGGCAUGGAGUGUGCUUCUCUAGACCAUAUAGGGGAGGGGCUCAGCUCCGGGAGUCAAGUUCACAGCGGGAGGGGGUUGGGGGGGUUGGGGGGGUGGUGUUCUGGCCCCUAGCUUAAGCCUCCCCUCCCCUGGCAGUGGAUGGCCUGGGUGUAGGAAGGUCCAAAUAUGUUGUUCAGAAAGUAUUUAUAAAGCACCUACUGUUUACCAGAUGUGUAUCAGCCCCUACAGAGAGGGGCUGGAAGAUUGGCUGGUGGGAGGCUCUGGGAGGUUCAGGGUGAGAGUCAGGCAGCAGAAAGCUGUGAGCUUGGUCCAGAGAGGCAGGAGAGAACCAGGCUGAGUGGACAGACGAACGAUCAGUAGGAAGAACGGAGGCUACAGAGUCUCAGACUGAAGGGUGCGGCUGGAGAGUGGGAGAGGAGACUCAGGGUGUCACAUGCAUUGAGCAAGCACCUACUGGGUGCCUGCUGCAUGCUGAGGGUACUGCUGAAACAAGGUGGACCUGCCCUGCCCUUGACCGACUUGUGGGCCCCUGCAGCUCAAUGGACUGAGAGAACUGACGGAGGCAGCCUGCAUAGGUGUGAAUUCUGAGGGUGAGGGUGAGAGCCUUGGGAGAGGCGGGGGAGGGGCCACUCUGCUCUGUCUCCUGGGAACAUCUGGGAGCAUCCGUAGUCACCACCUCUACUCCACCCCACCCCCCUCGGCUCCAGCCUUCCCAGGGGACUUAGGCAAAUCAUUUCUCUUCCCAGGACCUCAGCAAAAUAGACAGUGUUUGGUUUCCCUGUCUCAGUCCUUCUGAUUACAGAGGAGAAAAGUGCUCUCCUGGGGUAGAGGCUGUAGGGUGCAGGGCACUGGAGACUUCUGGGCUUUCCAUGAAGUCACACAACACUGUAGGGCAGGUCAGAUAGGGCUGUCUGCACCACCUCCUCCUAGUGGCCAGUCACCUAGCAGGACUGCAGCCCUUGAAGUUCCAGGGGGCUUUGAAUGUGCAGUUCAGGCUGUGGUCACUUCUCUAAUUAAAAGCUACUAUAAAAAAUGACUGUGGGAGCCAUAAAUGAAAUGUGAAUUUGUGAAUGAAACAGUUGUAGGACAGCCGUUGUUAGACGUUAAUGCUAGACGGCAGAGGGGUGGAUAAUUAAUUAAUGAAUUAAAUGCAAAAUGCCCACACAGUGGAGCUCACUGACUUGGGAUCCUGUGCACUCACUCUCCCAUUCAUAGCUGUGUGACCUCAGGCAAGAGGCCCAACCUCUCUGUUCCUGUCAGCAUGUUGGCAUUGCACCAAUCACAUGUUGCCUUCACUUUUCUGUUUUCUGUGAUUUUAAGGGUGGAACUCAUUCUCUCUGGGACUCUUGGGGACCUGGGCAUAAUGAUCUUCCCUCAGGCCUGGAGUGAUGUCAAGAGUCCUUGGACCCUAGCUGGCGGCCUCUGCUCUCCCAACCCCCUGGGAAUGGCUAUAAUUAGCUGCAGCCCAGCGGUCACACAUGGUAUUUUCAUUUUGGGCUCAGUGAAUUUUUUCCCACCAGGUGUCAGGAUGGCAACUAGUGGGUUGGAGGGGCUUCCUGGCUAGGGAGGGGUGGGGUUAUCUGGAACCCUCUGAACCUCAGUGUUCUUGUCUGAACAAUGGACAUAACUCAGUUCCAGUUAUACCCCCAUCACUUAGGUCCCCACCAAAACACUGCACCAUAGCCAUCCUCAGGGUGUUGGGAAUCCUGAGAGUCACUUUUUGGGCCUGGGCGUGUGUGUGUGUGUGUGUGUGUGUGUGUGUGUGUGUGUGUGUCCUCUCUGUACAGCCUCAGCUCCAGGUCACCUGGCCUCAGCCUGGCCACUGCACAGUCCAUGUCUUUCCUUUGUCUGUGACCUGCAUGAGCCUCGGUUUCUCCUUUUUGUCCAAUGUGAUUGUGUACCCCAGCAUUCCUGCAGGGCACCUGGCGUAGAUCCCGUGACAUCUGGAGCAGCCCAGGCGGAAGGCUCUGUGGGCGGAUGUUUGUGUGGGAGAUGCUGCCUCACCAUUGAAAUGGUCCAGAUGCGGGGCCUGGGGAAUGUCAGAGCAACGGGGUCACACGGGGACCUGGGGGCUGGAGCUGUGCUGCAGCGCUCCAGGGAAGUCCUGUGAUCACACAAUGCCUCAGUUUCCCCCAUGGGAAAACAGCUACAGGGUUUGUCACUCUGGGGAUGUCCUCACCUAGGAAUGGAUCUAAAUUACUGAGGGCUGCGGUGACCUUGUACCUCAGGGAUCUCUAUGAGGGAAUAUCCUUCUCCAAUCUCUCACAGGUCUCUGAGACAGUCUCAUCCUGAACUCUGAGGUGCCCUUGAAUUAGUGGUAAUUCUCCUGCCUCAGCCUCUCCAGAUGGAAAGGCAGAUGUACCCGACCACACCUCAUCUCACUCUAAGGCAGUUCCCAGCCCAGACACCCAUAUCAACCCUUAAGCCUGUGCUUGGUGGCUUACCCUUCUCUCUGCCCCGGCUGUUUGGAGGCUGAAGUAGGAUUACCGUGAAUUUGCAGUCAGCCUGGGCUACAUAGUGAGUUCAAAGCCAACGCGGGCUACCUGAGGCCCGGUCUUAAAAAAAAAAAAAAAAAAAGUGAAUAAAUAAUGGAGAAUAGAGCCGUGGGUAUGGUGAGCCUCAGUGCCCUGCAGUGUCCCCCAGGGUGGGAGAUGCAUAGCGAUGGGCGGGGCGGGGCCUGGUCCUCUUGCUCCGCCCCGGAGCAUCUAAAAAGGUCCAGCUUCCUGAGCCCUGACCCGGCCGGGCCAUGCAGGGCUCCACAGCGCCUGGCUCCCCCCGGGGGUCCCCGCGCGGCUCCCCCGCGCUCUUCAGGAAGCUGCUGGUGAAUCAGAGCAUCCGCCUGCAGCGCCGCUUCACGGUGGCCCAUCCGCUGUGCUUUGACCUGGAAAAUGGGCUCCCGAGCGGCAGGGGUCCCCUGGAUGCUCAGUCCGGGUCGAGUCUCGGCCGCGCCCUCCAACCCCCUGUGCAUCACGGCCAGCGGCGCGAGUCCUUCCUGUACCGCUCGGACAGUGACCAUGAGCCUUCACCCAAGGCUGUGUCCCGGACCUCCUCGGCGGCCAGCGACCUACAUGGAGAAGACAUGAUUGUCACACCCUUCGCCCAGGUCCUGGCCAGUCUCAGGACGGUCCGUAGCAACGUGGCUGCCCUUGCACAUGGCGCGGGCAGUGCCACUAGGCAGGCGCUCCUGGGGACCCCUCCGCAGAGCAGCCAACAGGCCGCCCCAGCAGAGGAAUCUGGGCUGCAGCUGGCGCAGGAGACACUGGAGGAGCUGGACUGGUGCCUGGAGCAGCUGGAGACACUGCAGACUCGUCGCUCGGUGGGCGAGAUGGCUUCUAACAAGUUCAAGCGCAUGCUCAACCGUGAGUUGACCCACCUGUCGGAAACCAGCCGCUCAGGGAACCAAGUGUCAGAGUACAUCUCGCAGACUUUCCUGGACCAGCAGGCUGAGGUGGAGCUGCCGGCUCCGCCCACGGAAGACCACCCAUGGCCCAUGGCCCAGAUCACUGGGCUGCGGAAGUCUUGCCACACCAGCCUUCCUACAGCUGCCAUCCCGCGCUUUGGGGUCCAGACAGACCAGGAGGAGCAGCUGGCUAAGGAGCUUGAAGACACCAACAAAUGGGGAUUCGAUGUGUUUAAAGUGGCUGAGCUGAGUGGGAACCGGCCCCUCACUGCUGUUAUCUUCAGCGUUCUCCAGGAACGGGACCUGCUCAAGACGUUCCAGAUCCCGGCGGACACGCUGCUGAGGUACCUGCUGACCCUCGAAGGGCACUACCACUCCAACGUGGCGUACCACAACAGCAUACAUGCUGCCGACGUGGUGCAAUCCGCGCACGUGUUGCUGGGCACCCCAGCCCUGGAGGCUGUGUUCACGGACCUAGAAGUCUUGGCCGCCAUCUUUGCGUGCGCUAUACACGAUGUAGACCACCCAGGUGUCUCCAACCAGUUUCUCAUCAACACCAACUCGGAGCUGGCACUGAUGUACAAUGACUCAUCGGUGCUAGAGAACCAUCACCUCGCGGUAGGCUUCAAGCUCCUGCAGGGGGAAAACUGCGACAUCUUCCAGAACCUCAGCACCAAGCAGAAACUGAGUCUGCGCAGGAUGGUCAUAGACAUGGUACUGGCCACAGACAUGUCCAAGCACAUGAGCCUCCUGGCUGACCUCAAGACCAUGGUGGAGACCAAGAAAGUGACUAGCCUUGGCGUCCUGCUCUUGGACAACUACUCUGACCGCAUCCAGGUCCUCCAGAGCCUGGUGCACUGCGCCGACCUCAGCAACCCUGCCAAGCCACUACCCCUCUACCGCCAGUGGACGGAGCGCAUCAUGGCUGAGUUCUUCCAGCAGGGUGACCGGGAACGUGAGUCGGGCUUGGACAUCAGCCCCAUGUGCGACAAGCACACAGCCUCGGUGGAGAAAUCCCAGGUGGGAUUCAUUGACUACAUCGCUCACCCAUUGUGGGAAACUUGGGCCGACCUGGUGCACCCCGAUGCCCAGGAGCUGCUGGAUACCUUGGAAGACAACAGAGAGUGGUAUCAGAGUAGGGUUCCCUGCAGCCCUCCACACGCCAUUGGCCCUGACAGGUUCAAGUUUGAGCUGACCCUGGAGGAGACAGAGGAAGAGGAGGAAGAGGAUGAAAGGCACUGAACAGGACUUAACUCCUGUCCUCCAAGGCCAGCCCAGAGCCUAGGGUCUGCUUUGUCCAGCAAGAGUUGGAUUAGCCUAAUGCGGACCAGGAAGUCCUGGUCAGGCCAUCUGGGCACCUAUGGGUGUGGUGACUUCUCUUUCCACCAGUCAAAGAGGACAGUCAAGAUUUACACAGAGUCAAGCCUUGAGGUCCACUUGAAAGCCUGUAGCUGGGGGUCAACUCUGACCCCAGGCUUGGCUGGAAUGGCACCAGGGCCUGGGCAGUGCCGCCUCCUGCAUCUCAGAAGAUGGACUCAACUUCAGUCUGCACGUAGGCUACAGUACUCACAGGACUCUCUGUCAUAGCUUAGUUGGUUUCUUUUUGGUGCCGAAGAUGGAAGCCGGGAUUCCCAUGGGCUCUGUGAGCAUUGUGACCCCAACCCCAACAUCGCCUGUGGAUGUCCUGCCUUCAACAGUCCAGCCGCAAGCCUUUACUGAGUUCUUCAGGGAGGAUCCCUUUCGUUGUAAAAUGCAGGCAGAGACCACCUCCCAUGGAGGUAUGGUGUUUCCUGAUACCAGAGGCUGCAUAGACUCUUCUUAGAUGCUGGGGGGCCAGUGACCCUACUAGAAAACCCUUGCUGGCCACUUCCCAUGAGCUGCUCAUAUAUUUCACGAAACUGGGGGUGGAUGAAUGAGGAUCACCUUCACCGACAAGAUCAGGCUUCUCAAACCAGUGUGUCAGAGCGCCUCUGUUCACUCACCAUCUGACCAUAAAAAGAGGGGCUGGGGUGGGGCUUAGGGGUGGGGCUUCUGCCUAGAAUCCCCCAAAGAGGGGCAGGGGGCGUGGCUCAUGUAACAGCUUUAGCUCAUGGGAAGUCCUGAGUUCCAUUUCUAUCACUGAAAAAACAGAGUAAACCUUGUCAUGCUCAUUCACUUGUGGGGAAACGGAGUCAUAACUUGUCUCUCAAAGCUCUUCCAGAAAGUGGGCACUGGGUUCUGGUACCCCCUGGCUGUGUGACUGAUUCCCUGUUUUGCAUACCAUUCUUUGGACAUUUUGAGACAAGGUCUCAUGGUCUUAAGUUCUGAUGUCAAAUGUGUUUGCCAUGGACAAUGACACUAAAGUGAUUUUCUUUCCUCCA